AAAGGAAAAGAUGGUUCAGCGUCUUGUUUACCGUUCGCGUCACAGCUACGCCACCAAGUCCAACCAACACAGGAUCCUCAAAACCCCAGGUGGUAAAUUGACUUUCCAGACCACUAAGAAGCGUGCAAGUGGACCCAAAUGUCCCGUCACCGGCAAGCGUAUUCAGGGUAUCCCUCACUUGAGGCCAGCUGAGUACAAGAGAUCUAGAUUGUCUAGAAACAGGAGAACAGUGAACCGUGCUUAUGGUGGUGUUUUGUCUGCUUUGGCUGUUAGAGAAAGAAUCGUUCGUGCUUUCCUUGUGGAGGAGCAGAAGAUUGUGAAGAAGGUUUUGAAGCUUCAAAAGGCCAAGGAAAAGGUUGCUCCCAAGAACUAGAUGAUCAUAUUAGCCCCUUUUUUUUUUUAGAAAAAAAAAAUGUUUUAUGGAUCUGUUCUAGCAAUUGUACUGGUUGCAGAGGUUGAGAGAAAUACUUUUUGUUAUUCGUUUUGGGUUUUGGACGUCGUCGACAUUUCUCAAAUAUUGUGUUUUGUUUUCUCGUUGCGUUCACAUUUCACGUUAUCAACGAAGCUCCAUCGGUAACAAUCGAUGCGUAAUAAUUUCGAAGUGUAGAAGAGUCGGUAGAAUAAGGCAUGUUUGUACUAAGAAUCCAAUCCCACAUGACAAAGAAAGGCUGAGAGAAAUUGUAUUUG